AUGGAUGAUGAUGAUGAUGAUGACGUUCCCCAGCUUUCAUCCCAUACGUUGGCUGCCCUCCAGGAGUUCUAUUUGGAACAGCAGCAGAGAGAGGGCAUGAAGACCUCCCAAGGGUUUAAUCAAUAUUCCAUUGGCUCAAUAGAAGAAGACUGGCAACUGAGCCAGUUUUGGUACAGCGAUGAAACUGCAUCAUGCCUGGCUAAUGAAGCAGUUGUGGCAGCUGGAAACGGUGGCAGGAUAGCAUGUGUUAGUGCACCAAGUGUGUACCAGAAACUGAAAGAACGGGAUGGUAAAGAUUUUUCAGUGUGUAUACUGGAGUAUGACAGAAGGUUUUCUGUGUAUGGAGAAGAAUUUAUCUUCUAUGAUUACAACCACCCUUUGAACUUACCUGAAAAUCUCCUGCCACACAGUUUUGACAUCGUAGUAGCAGAUCCACCCUAUCUGUCUGAGGAAUGUCUUCAAAAAACUGCAGAGACCAUCAAAUACUUAACAAAAGGAAAGAUUCUGCUUUGCACAGGUGCAAUAAUGGAGGAACAGGCAGCAAAGCACCUUGGUGUGAAGAUAUGCAAGUUUAUUCCAAAACACUCGCGAAAUUUAGCCAAUGAAUUCCGAUGUUACGUGAACUACGCUUCUGGACUGGACUGAUUCUCGUAAGAAGAUCUACAACUUUUUCAGUCAAGCUCCUUUGGUUUUUAUCAGUGACUCCACAUUUCUCAAUGCUGAAAUGUUCAGCUCCAAGCACUGUUUUCUGGGCUAGCUUUAAUCAACAUGGUGUGAUAGCCUCUGUCUUUUAAAUGUGUAAGGAUUUGCAGUUACUGUGUUUUGUAUCUUACCUAUUAGGUAAAUGGGGACCAAACAAUGCAGGUGCUGGAUCCUGGGAACUCCUCUUUUAGAGUUUCAUUCUAACUGGUAGUUUUUACCAUUCAAGGACUCUUCAGUGACCUCUCUGAAGUGAUUUUAGGCUUAUGACAACACACAGGUGCUUGCCUCACAGGCAUCAGAGCCAUCAUUGUGUCAGAACUGAUGACUUAGGAGCUAGUGGAUGGUUGAAGGAGCACGAAUAGUGGUCUCCUUUCAAACUCGAGAGAUGCGCCCUUAGUAAAAGGAUUGAGAGAUAUUUGUUCUGAACGUGUCAUGUGUUUUCAGAUUCUUUCUCCAGCAAGCUGAUGUUUUUAUAAAGGACAACUAGAAGAGAAAAUAGGUCUCCUUCUGGGGAGGCCUCUCCAGUUGCUUUUAAUAAUAAUCAGAACUACCUACCAGUUGCCAAGUAAGAUAUGACCUACUAUCCACUAUUGUUGCCAGACUGGCUUUUUAAAAAUUUGUGGUAAUUAUUUCACCUUUUCUCUAAAGCCUUGUCACAAACCCAGACUUUCUUUUUGUAAAAUACAAGUUUUGUCAUUACUUGCUGCCAUAUAAACUUGUGUAUGUAUGUAUGCUGUACCAGAGAAAAAGCAAGGUCAGUUGUUAAACGUCUCUUUGCAGAAGUACGGUGCGUUUAUUUUGCAAUGUUUAUGUGUUAGCACAACAAAGUCAUGAGCUUUUAAAACUACACAACUAGACUGUUCUAUUUGCCAGUUAAACUAAUCUCCAGAGGUGGUAUAAACCUGUUAUCUCCUUGAAAAAAGCACAAUUGGGAUUUCCCCAUUAGAGAGAGCUUUGCUUCCCCUAAGAAUCCUAUACAUUAGUCAGGCCAAAUCACCUGGAAUACAAAGCAGUGACUAAAUAAAAAUGCAACACGUCAGCCAGUCCUUGCAGUAGUGCUUCAGACUCUGUACACGGGUUCUCACUUUGAGUUUCUCUUACUGGUGGUUAUGACGAUACUCUGUAGUAAUGUGGCCCAUACAUGUUAGUCCCUUAAAUCUUGAGUCAUAAUGGAUCUGAUUAAAUACAGGGCCUCCUUUUUAGUAGAUUCCAGCAUCAAGCUAAAGGUGAUUUGCAGGUUUGUCAAGUUUGUAGUUACAAGAAC